GCCGUGCGUGGGCAAGGCGGGGUUGGCGAGUGGUGGUUGUGGCUAUAAGAGCCGACGCCGUGACCCGGGAGCUCCACACAAGAUCAUCAUCGCGCACGCUGCCUCAGCUGCUGCUGCUACCUACGACCCACUGCUGCCACCUGACCCAGUGGACAAGGACAGAUUCCCUCUCGUCUGCCACGGGGCCGAAGGCAGCCUCUGAAAGGGGCCCCACCCUCCCCCCCCCAACUGAGAUGCUACAGGACUCCUCCUCCUCCUCCUACCUGGAACGGGAGAGCGGCUCUCGGGAGAGCCUCUCGUCAGCGCACGGCUCCCCUCCCUUCAUGAGCUCCGAUGCCGUAUUCGCCGCCGCCGCUGCUGCUGCUGCUGCGUCUUGCCAGGCGUUCGUGUGCGACCCGCCGGGAGCUGGCCCUCUCUUCGUGCCGACGGUCACCGACGUCACCACCAGCCGGGAGCUGCAGUGGAUGGUUCAGCCGACGGUCAUCGCCUCGGGGCCCCGCAAGGCCCCGCACGACCCCCAGGCGCUCCCCGUGGCCUUCCCUCCCGGUUCCUGCUGCCCGGACUCGGAGCCCUACCCGCUGGGGGGGGGUCUCCACACAUCCCCUCGCGUCCAUCUCCCAUCUCCAUCAGCAGCAGCAGCACCGACACCACCAGCAGCAGCAGCAGCAUGUGCGGCCGCAUGGGAGCAACCGAGGCGGCAGGCGGAGGAGAGACGAUGAUCUGAAUCCCGCGGACGCGGAGAAGCGUCGCGUGCGCAGGGAGCGGAACAAGCAGGCGGCCGCUCGCUGCCGGAACCGGCGCCAGGAGCUCACCGAGCGACUCCAGGCGGAGACGGACGAGCUGGAGGACGAGGGCGCGGGGCUCAAGUCGGAGAUCGAGAGAUUGAAGAAGGAUAAGGAGCGACUCGAGUUCAUCCUGGCCGCUCACCGCCCCGUCUGCAAGAUGCCCAGCGAGGAGGAGAGCGAGCGUGAGGGAAUGGCCGGUGCCUCCCCGUGCCUCUCGCACCUUCUGCCCAAGCGGGAGGAGCCGUCCUCUCUGGCCCCACCGCCACCGUCCAGAAGUUUCGCUCCGGCGGUCGGGGACUGUGCCAUGCAGCCCGCGCCGGAAGUGAGCAUCUCCGGCAGCUACUACUUCGACCUGGAGCCGCUGAGCAGCGCCGGAGCGCCGGCGUGCGCCCUCGCCUACACGGGCUACGCCGGGCAACUGGGCUACCCCGGCCACGAGGGACACGGCGGCUACGCGGGAUAUGCCAGCUACCCCGCGGCAUCGGUGGCCGUGGGGGGCGGCGAGCGCGGAUCGCAGGAGGAGGCGGGAGGCUGCGCCUCGUAUGUCGGGAGCCUGCGCCACUUGAGCAUGAGCAGCAGUGGCGGAGGCAGCGCCAGCGGCGGGGGGCAGGAGUCACCCGACUCACUUGGGUCCCCCACGCUGCUCGCGCUAUGAGACCCCCCCCCCACCCCCCCUCACUGAGAGCGUAAAGUGGAGAAAAAAUGAAAACGUGGGGAAGAGUUGAGGCGCAGUCGGUGGCGCUGCUGUCGGAGGUGCGGGCGGUACAACCGCACAUGGACUCACGGGGCAGGAGGAGCCCAGGCACUGGGUUAACUGGAUGGGAGUGGGGGAGAGCUGGACAGGGGAGGCCCCCGUUUCAAUCGCUGGAACAGGGCCCAUGCCAACCACACUCGGCCACUGUGGUGCUUGCAUCAGGCUUAGGAGUGACGUGAAUACUAAUGGUUGGUUGGUGAGCAUUAAGGGUGGCUCUAGUUUUGUCUUGGCUGGUGUGCUCUUAACAACGUACCCUGCCAAACUCUUUGCGGAGUCCGGCCUUUUCAAUGUUUUGUUCGCCGCGUACGUUUGGUGCCCACGGCGCCGUGGAGAGCGGCACGCGUGAGGACGGUCACAGCCUCGUUCUCGCGAUCGCGCAACACCGCGGUGACUCGUAUUUAUUUAUUCCUCGUAGGUUAUUUCUAUUUAUUUGUACGUUUAGUGUCAACGUUCGGCUCGUUUUAAAAACAAAUGUUGAAAACAACAUGAAACUAGUUUUACGAACUAUUUAUUUUGUUUAAAAAAAAAAAGCUUUUUGCACUGAGUCGUCGACUGAAGUAUGCGGUGCGUGGAAUCAUUUUUUGAAAUUGUUGGGAGUGGGGGACCGGUGGCCAUGUCGGCACACAUCGUGUCGCCGAGAGGGUCCGGAAAAAAUAUUCGGCGAGCGCACAACUUGUGGCCUACCGCCCCCCCCGCCGCCACCCCAUCCCCUCUGGUUUCAAGAAGGUUUGUGAAAAAAAAAGUCCCUAAGUCACCUGUACUGCGACGCCAUCGCAAACGGGGCGAGGCGGCUGCCCGAGGAGAGCAGCCGAGUCCAGGGACGGGGAUGGGAAAACGCCAACGAAGGCAGCUCUUAAUAUUCGUGUGCAUACAACUGUGAAACGCGGUUUAUCUCAUUGUAAUAACGCAGUGGUGUCUUGAUCAGCCCGCGUGCGACCAGACAAUCAGUUGUGCCAUACUUUAGGACCGAGGGCUUUAUACGACUUUCGCCGGGAUUGCAAACGAACGAAUGGGCAUAGUAGCUUGGCGGAGCACUUUUGCUCGUACCGUUAAGUAAUUUUAUUGAAUUGUACAACGUUAUUUUGCCGGCGUGGCGCCAACAAAGUGGCAUUAUUUUAACCGAGUCGACGAAGUCCUUGACACACAAAAAAUCGUUUGGCGCAAUGUGCUUUCCGGUACGUGGAUACCCAAGUCACUAUUGUGAUGCGAACCUCACGUUGGCAUCGUACGGCAACGGUUUGAACACGUGACCGCGCUUAUGAGACGAACGCGAAGUGAUCACCGCCAGUUUGCAGGCAUUCCACUCAUGUCAUGUUUACAGAUAUUUUUUGUACAUUUUGUGAGCAAACGUAGAUCGUUAACCUCCUCAGCAGGCAGCCUGGAGUCUUGGUAAUCACUCGCCGAGUGGCCACUGCCAUUCCACUGACAACUACUACAUAAUAAAAGUGCUCUCCGUUUAACGGUGAUUGUUUACCUUCAACAAAGUCAACUACAGUACAUUAUUUUCAUACAACAGCGACACGUGAUGCAUUUUUUAAAGGUUAUACUUUUACCUUUGGAUAUAAUCGCCCCGACUUGUAAGUUUGCAAUAAUGCACUUGGGUCUCUAACGAGAAAAUAUACUUAGCUUCACAACAUGCAUACCUUAAAAUAUCCAGACAUUCACAUUUUAUUGAAAUGUGUGCCACUGGUAACCAAAAGUAUCGUUUUUUUACGUCAGUGCCUGGGGUGGCCAGAAGGUGGUAUCAAAACAACUCUUCAUCAUCAUCGUAGAUGAUAAAAUAAUAAAUAAAACCCCACACACCCGGGCAUCAUGCAGCUACUAAAGCCAUCCUGGAUUCAGAACACGUUGGGUAUACACUUUGACGUUAUCGUAGGGACGUGGAAUAACAACAUACUAGCACUUAAACACAGACGCUUGACAUUACCCGAUAUCGGAAUCGCAGCCAGAAAUGAGUGCAUCCCUUACAACUCAAGUGGCGCACGGACCCCAGGAUAAUUUUGUUCAGCAAAAGUAGGCCUACAUUAUUAUGUGUGGCGGUAUUGUUAGGGCGCAGCCGCUGACACCGCGCGAGCACGGGCACGGUCACCGACAUGGUCACGAUCGCUCACGUGAUGUUGUAGCGCACAGCUGUUUACGCGUGGACGCAAUCGCUCGGCGUGCUUCGCUCCUGCUUCCUGCGUCGGCGCUGUGCGACGAAAAAUAAACACGGGCGCAUUUAUCGGAUUCCGCGGCGCACGCGAAAUGUCGUUGACUCGAUGUGGAUCGCGAAUUUAGUUUUGAACAGUGAGGCCCAUGUGGUGUGUGUGGCGAGACCGGGUGGUGUGUUUCCGGACGAGGCUGCAGUUGGCACCGAGUUGUACGCCGUGAGUUGAAGGAGCGUUCGGGCGAGGGCAGGGGUCGGGGCAAGCAAAAAUAACAAGAGCAGCCAUUCUUUUCGAAUUUGCUAAAAAAAAAAAUAUUUCAAGAGCAGAAACGCAGGCGAAUAACAUCACUGAGAAGCGGUUCUUAAAGAGCCGCAUGCGGCUCCGGAUCCGCAGGUUGCCCACCCCUGGGCAAGGGAAUUAAAUCCGAUUGGGCCAGAAGCCACUAUCUGCCUCGAUGUGUUUCCCUGCAUGGGGAUUGUUAGAUCUUAGUUUGGAAAGCAAAGCUUCGUAUCCCGAUGUGUAGUUUACAAAAAUAAAAUAUUCGCAGGUUCUGGUGAAUUUCGAAAAGAUAUGGUAAUUUGCAUGGCGACCUUGUGUGAGUUACUGCAUGCCUCUAUUUUCUUAAAAAAAUAAACCAUUUUACAAACUGACGGAAAUCGAGAGUUAAUAUAUAAAACAUUGGUAUAUUUUUGAUGUAAUAUUUACGUACUGAAAUAUUUAUUUUCAUAAGAGUAGGCAGUGUGUGCGUGCGCGUAUGUUUUACGACGUUUGUCAACGUUUUGUUUUCCAUGAAAACGUAACGACGCCUAGGCGUUCAAUGUUUGCCAAUUUGUACACAUUUAUUUUUUUAUACCAUCGUUAGAGACUUAGUGUAAACAAAAAGGUACGGAAUAAAAUA